AUGACAGUGGCGUGCCGGCCGGCACGGCUUUCUCUGCGCCCCGUCGAGCAGGGCCAGCAGGCAGGCAGCUUUUCCUCGAAGUCUGUCAUCAAAGCCACAUCUCACCAAUCCAGAGAAAACAUCAGGAAAAGGUUACAGGAUACCUUGAUUGGCAGUCAUACUGAGAAGCCUCUUUCAAUGGAAUCUAAAGAUGUCACUGUUGUUUACUUUGACCCAAAGACGUGCUCUCAGCACACACCGCCAUCCAACUACAAGGGGACCUACGAGUGGCAAGAGACAGAUCCUGCCACUGUGGCAUCUCAGCCCUGCAAGAUGAAUGGAGACCAGUCUGCUAGCAGAGCGUGCUUGAUUAAUAUCAACACGGGGAGAGCUUAUUGGAGGAGACAAGACCUGACUAUGUGCCAGUUGCUGCAAAAGCUACCUGAUAAUAUUAUGGAACUGAAAAACAUGACCAUCACAGUGGAAAACGCCGAGGAAGUGGCAGAUCACAUUUUGAUUCUGCUGAAUUCUUCUAAGCUGAGUAAGGAAAAAAUCGAGGUCCUUGUGAGCAAGCUCACUGAUAUUGCCAACUGUGAGGAGAUCAGUGAGGCACUGGCGAGGAAAGCAUUAAAAAUAAUAGAUAUCAUUCUGACACAGGCUACCAACGCCCAGGGCUUGCAAGGACAGAUCAACAGCAUUUUACAGGUGCUGGAACAAAUAGGUUUCAAGCUGAACUUCAGUGGGAAAAGUGAGUCCAUCGUUCUCCCGAGGUUGGCUUUGGCUGUGAUGCGCCCAGAUCCCGUGAAUUUCAAGGGAGUUGCUUUUGGGGUCACAUCCUAUGACUCUGCAAUGGAUCCACAGAUUGAUAUCCGCCAGGCACCCUUUGAAAUCGCCCUGGCAUCCAUAUUUUUGCCAGAACUGCUGAGACAUUACUUGGGGGCCCAGUCCUUUGAGGCAGAAGAUCACACAAAGAUCCAGUUUUCUUUCUUCGGAACAACUUCGCCGUUUCAGGAAAAGAAUAAAAAUCUGAUCACCUAUGUUGUGGGCGCCAGUAUUGAAAAUGUGUCUGUUCAAAACCUCUCGGAGCCAGUGAAUAUAAUUCUACAACAUAUAAACUCAACGACGAGAUCUAUAAAUGGUGAGGGACAAGUAACUGCUGAUAAAAAAUCUUCUCUUCUCUGCUGCACAGAUAACCAAGGAGGCUGGGAUACGUCAGGGUGUGAGGUGCAACGCACAAAUGCAAAUUACACAAUCUGCAACUGCAGCCACCUGACCCAUUUUGGAGUCUUGCUGGACGUAUACCGGACGGUACGUGAGGAUAAGGUUUUAACACUGGUCUCCCAUGUGGGAUGUGGCCUCUCCUCCAUCUUCCUCGGCUUGGCUCUAGUGGUGUACCUUUCCAUCGACAAGCUCCGCGGGGACGACCCGUCCAGAAUCCUCGUCCACCUCUGCUUUGCUCUGCUGAUGCUCAACCUCGCCUUCCUGCUGGACUCCUGGCUGGCCUCCUUCCAGGUGCGCGGCCUCUGCAUCGCGGUGUCCGUGGCUCUUCAUUACUUCCUACUGGCUGCCUUCACCUGGAUGGGCCUGGAAGCCGUCCACAUGUACUAUGCGCUGGUCAGGGUCUUCAACACUUACGUCCCGCAUUACAUGCUCAAGGUUUCCCUGGCUGGCUGGGGAAUUCCUGCGGUCAUCGUUUCCACGGUUCUCAUUAUAAGCACAGACUCCUAUGGGGUUUUAAGCGACCCCCUAAGCAGCAGUCCAGUCACACCUUUUUGCUGGAUCCGUGAUGACCUUGUGUUUUACAUCUCUGUGCUGGCCUACUUCUGCUUGGUGUUCCUGAUGAACACCAUCAUGUUCAUCGCCGUCCUUCUGCAGAUUCACACCAUGAAAACGAAGAGUCCUGGCCGAGUCAGCAACUGGAACCACAGCUUCCUCCACGGCUUGAAGCGGGUGGCCAGCUUAAUGGUCCUGCUCAGCUUAACGUGGAGUUUUGCCUUUUUCUCGCUGGGGCCCACCCAGACACUGUUCUCCUACCUCUUUGCCAUUUGCAACACCUUCCAAGGAUUCUUCAUUUUCGUGUUUCACUGUCUCAUGAAGGAGAACGUGAGGAAGCAAUGGCGAGUGCAUUUCUGCUUGGGAAAGUUUCGGCUCGGCUGUUCUGGUAUGACAUUCUCAUAUAUAUAAAAUCAACCCUUGGGUGUGGGCUGACAUUGU